AUGCAAAUCGACGCGACGAUGAACGCCAAUCUGCACCUUGGCGAGCAGGGUCUUUUCGUUGCUUUUCGCGCACAGCAGGAGACAGAUACAGAGAUAUGGGAGCGCAUCGUGCUAUUCCUGCUUCCUGAAAUCCGACCCGAAGAGCAUAUUCAUCCGCAACCCAACGGCAAGAACCUUUGGGACCGGACUUUAUUCUGGCCCACACACCAAAGUGACCUGAAAGCACUGGCAUUGACGUGCAAGCAACUCAAAGCUCUGGCGCUGCCAGCACUACUGUAUGCCCCUUUUCUUCAAGACGAAAGGGUGAACGACUUCGUCAGAUUCAUCUGUCAAAACGAACGCAGACGACUCGUACCGGCCUCGAGCGAAGCUGCGAGCACGAUCAAAGCUCUCCAUGUGCAAAGUGAGAUGUUCGACAUGCACAUUCAUUCGUACGCAGGCUAUGACAAGAGCUUCCAGCAGUCCUUCUGUACUUGCGACUUGCAUGUUUUGUUUUCACUGGCCGAAAACGUUCGCUACGUAUCACUUGAAUGUCUCGAUGGUCGAGAAUGCGAGGUUUGCUUUCAACUGCACCCUUCCGAAGGCGCCACAAAUCAUAUCUUUGCACACUUCCUCUCGAGCACGACAGUAUGUCGUCCGACUGCUCUCAGAUGGAUCUACAAUUCGAGCCAGAAGAAACAACUGUCCCUUCAAGAUGCAACUUCAUACGAGCCCCUGUCCCAGCUCACAAGCCUCGAGCUCCUCAACAUUUCGCCACCAGAAGAAUUCGUUGCGUUCUUGACACGCGAUCUGGCCUCAGCCGAACGAUUUCCGGAGGUACAAGAAGCCAUUUCUGCAGGAUUCUCGCCAAACAAGAAGCUCCAGCGUCUUCGACUGACGACCACGUGCAUGGGCUUCCUGUCCUAUUUUGAGCAAUAUAUGGAAGAACUUGCCGCCACCGCCGCAGGCGAGUACUUUGACCAUAUGGACAGCUUGCCGGACUACGACGAGGAAUAUGAGACCCUCACACGGCUGCACGAACUGGCCUCCAAAUCCUGGAUGCUACCGAAUCUCAGGCUUCUCGUUCUAGAAAUACCCAGUCGAGGCAGGCUAUAUUCAGAGGAUGCUUUGAAGGGUCUAGUGGAUCGGGACGUGCUGCAAGAUCUGUCUAGCAGCUUUCAGAGGGACAAGCCAAAGUAUCCUGAUCACGCUGCCUCCAAAUUAUCCUCCCUUUUCGACGCGAGUAAGCGGUCGGGCAACCUGAUCGAUGAUGCCAGUCCCUUCCACGACAUUGCCGUCAACUUGGAUAAAGUGGAUCGCGAAUGGCGAAAAAGACUUGCCGAGCACGAUUCAUUCUGGCUCGGCGAACAAAUCGGCAAGCACGCGUUGACCGCUCUUUGGAACAGCUCUCGGUUCGAAAGGGGCCUGAAGGAGACGGAGAUCCGCAUCGUGGCCGAAAGAGAAUCGCUUACGUUCAGAGACCGCCUUACUCAUCUGGACGAAGGUUUUUUCUGUCAAGCAGAGAGCGUGGCUCAAGUCGGGACGAGGUCCAAGAAAGGCGCACUGCAGUGGUCCAGCUCUGAUGGGGUCAUCAUGGAGGACGACGGAGUUUGGGCCGAUCCAGAUAUAUUUUCUCUUGUGGAUACCAUGCCCUGGCUUUCCUACCAUCAGCACAAUGAAUAUGGAUGUUGCUCUUGGAGUGGCGAGCUUCCACGGGACAACAAUCCGACCUCGAGCAGCGACGGCAACACCCCUCGUGUCGUCCUGCCUGCUCUAAUCAAGAUGGAUGACAAGCAGCUGGACGAGCUUGGAAGACUCCGGCGUAACCCAAGUCGACGUGCUCGGAAAAGCACGGACGAACAGGCGACCGAGUCAAACCGGAAAGGAUAA